AGUGCGUAAUAUGAAAGUGAGCGAGCGCCUCCAUCAUCCUCAUUGACAACAGUGUACAGGCAUGGCUACAUCCAACCUCAACACCAUAAGGGUUAGAUUAUACUUUGAUUAUCCUCCUCCAGCCACACCAGAUUGUCGGAUGUGCUGGUUGUUGGUGGACUUGAACAAAUGCCGAGUGGUCGCGGAUUUGUCCAGCAUCAUAAAGGAAAAGUUUGGCUACAGCCGUAAGACCAUUUUAGACCUGUUCAUUGAAGAUUGUUACCUGCCUACCACUGAAAGUAUCUAUAUAGUACGCGAUAAUGAUAGUAUACGGGUAAAGGUAUCUGUUUUUGAAAACGGAGCUGAGACUUACCAAAACUGUGUCGCUCACAACUCGAAGACCAAGAAGAGAGAGAGAGAAGAUGAAAUGCAGAUUUGUGUUACUCAGGGUUCGAGUAAGAAAACAAAGCUAGAUGUUCAAAUCAACGGCUCUGCGCCAGCCAAUAGUGAAAAAAAGAAGAAACGUAAGAAGAAGAAGAAAGAAAAGCAGUCGGCCAACAAUCCCACCACCCCUCAAAAAAACAUUCCAGUUAAAGAUCAAGCGAGCCAGUCCUUUAACAGAAAAAAGACUUCCAGUGUUUCCACUAGUGACAAAACAAGUAGAGCAAAGAUUCAGGAAUCAACGUCAAGUUCUUCAGACAGCAGUGAGGAUGAGUCUCACAGUAAGCCGUCUCCGCCAAAACCUAAACCCAAGCAGUCUGAUGGUACCAAGAAGCCUACUAUGCCUGCACCGAAAGAGACCUCCUCGUCGGACUCUGACUCUUCCGAUAACACAUUUAAACCAACUGCUCGAAAAAGCAGCACCUCUGUACAGCCGCUUCCUGCUACACCUAAACCAUCUACCUCGACGAACUCUCAAAUCCCACCACAAACACCUAAACAGACAAAAAUGUCCACAGAUUCUUCUUCCUCUUCCUCCUCAUCACCCAGCCAACGGAAACCUUCAGCUAAGAAAUCACAGGUGGUCCCUCAACCCUCCCUUACCUCAUCUCAGUCUAUUUCCGCUUCUGGUUCUAAAAAGCCCCAGGAGGAGGCAGAGAGCUCAGACUCGGAUGCCAGUGAAAUAGAACUUGUGAUUAGGAAGCCAAACCUACAAGGAAUGGGCUUGAACAUUGCUGGUUUAAACUCCAGUACCAGUGAGGCGGCAGGCAGGCCAAAAGGAAACGCAAGAAGCCAGGAUAGAGGCAGAGGUCGGGGUGGAAACCGAGGCAGUGGCAGAGAUGGCUUUGGUAGAGCCAAGGGAACACCAUGGAAACAGGACUUUAAUUACAAAUAUGAGAAUGGAGAACAUCAGAAACGGAGAGAUUUACUGAUUAAUGAAAGUUUUAUUUUACAGAAUCCACCAGAACCUGAACCAGAACCUGACACAGCCCCCAAAAGAGACUACACAACUUUGCCCCUGCUGGCAGCUCCACCUGCAGUGGGCCAAAACAUUGCCUUUAAACUACUGGAGUUAACUGAAAACUACACACCAGAAGUGUCUGAUUAUAAAGAAGGGAAGAUUAUUGCAUUUAAUCCUCAAACACAGAUGUUGGAGCUUGAACUGCUUUCAAGACCUCACGCCCCAGCUGAACCUGGCAAGUUUGACUUGGUGUAUGAGUACCCUGAUGGAUCUGAGAUCGUAGAAUAUGCUGUCACACAUGGAUCACAGCUGACUGAGCGUUGGGAUUCUCUCCUGGAGCCCCGGCUGAUUGUGGAAAAUGUUGGAUGAGAGUCAGACAAUACAAAUAGUCUGAGGCAGAGCCAUCUAGAUAAAGAACUUUUUUUAUUUUUAGUGAUGUUUUCAAAUUAUAAAUUGAAUUUUUAAAUAUGAUUGUAUCAUCAAAAUUGUAUUUUAUUUUUUAGUUUCAUUUAAAUAAAUAGUUUGUUUUAUAUAAAA